AGCUUCUAGUUCUUACGAUCUUUCUCAAAAAUGUUAUAUUGAUGAACUUGAUGAAAAAGAUGAUAAAAAGACAGAGAAGAUACGAGAUAACGAAACUAUUGAAGGAAAGUUUAAUUACGUUCAAUUAAGUAAUGAAGAAAACGACGAUCUAUGUAGACGGUCCGAGCCUUUGUCCCACAAUGCUCUUUCGGGGUGUUCCUGGCUACAAUUUCGUGCGGGUGAGCUUCUUUCCAAAGGUGUUCCUGGCUACGAUAUCAUGCUAUAA